AUGUCGCCAGUCGCGGUAUUUGAUCAACCCACUGUCCCAUCUCCCUCACCAAAGAUCUUGGCCACCGAUAUACCUCGUCGACCUUCGCCAUGGCAUGAAAUAGCUCAUUCACUUUCUACAACGUCUUUACCACGUAAACCUCGUCGAUCUUCCUCUUCCACCUGUUCCAUCUCACCAUCCACGCCUCCAGAUGUAUCAGGCGACUCGACGCCCCCUUUAUCCACUUCACAAGCUCUCAGGGAAUGGAACGAAAAGCUCUCUCAUCCGCAAUCGGACGUGCAGAGACAUCAACUGAUCCAGGCCCAAAAAUCUUGGACCACACCAAAGCUGGCUGCGGAGAGGGAUAAAGCUGGAUACAUAGAAUAUAAGUUGAAGUUGAUCGAUCCAACAUCGGAAAGAUUCGAAAGAUUGGUCACCCAGAUGAUGUGGAGAUUGAAACAAGGUAAAAAUGAGGCUAUAUACGAGUUAGGUUUAGCAGAUGACGGAACAGUCGUUGGUCUACCUCGAUUGGAGAUGGACGCAUCCUUGCGUACACUGGAACUAAUGGCUUCUGAAGUGGGAGCCACAGUAAUCAUCCUCAAGGAGAUUGUCCUUCAUUCUUCACGCUCAGAUCUGGACCCGCUCCAAUCAUUAUCACCUGAUGGAUCCCUCACAUGCCAGGACAAUCGUCACGACAGACCAUCAAAUGUGGACAAACAUUCUGUUGGAGCUGGAAGGGGUAGACAAAGUAGACGCAGAAGGAAGUAUACGCCGAAAGAUAUAGGAAUAUAUGGGGGUACUGUACCUAAAAAGUUGAUAUUCGAUCCAGUCGACCUAGCUGCUGCUAGUGGCAGCGACGACGAAGAAGACGGAAAUGUGCAUAUCGAAGAGAGGAGUGCGGAUGAAGAUGUCUUACCAUUCUUAUUUGAUCUGGACACCGAAUAUGAGCCAUCGAAUCCCUAUCCCAUGUGCAAAUCACCUUCAACCUCUCCUCACCAUCCUGAUCAAUCAUCCCCUACGCGAUACGACAAGGAUAAGUGCGGCACACAGAAGAACUCUAAGAAAAGACGCAAAUCAGCAGCUAAAUCAGAAGCUAGACGACUCGAUUUGCUAAGAGGUGAUGGUACGAAUCCAAUGUGGACAGAAUUGACUUCCUCCUCCGCUACAGCAGUGUCGACAAAUACUAGCGAUACAGAUUCGCUUCAACCCUGCAACAACACCGAUGCGCCAAUCUUUACACUACCUCAUCAGCCCCUUCGGCCGUCUUCGCUUAGACUCGCUACCCCAUCAACCGAGGAAUCGUUUUUAGACGACUUGCUUCAUAUCCCGUUGGACAGUUUAUCGCUCUCAUUUGCGGAUGUCAGGACUAUCUCCGAAGAAGACGAGGAAGAGGAGGAUCCAGUCCCGAUAUUGACCAGUGAAGACACGCAAGUAUCGCCCUCCGAUGAGUCGGCCGAGGUUCAUGAAGCUCGGGUGGAUGAAUUGAUCUGCGUGGAGGCUCUCGUGGUGAGAAAAGUACAGCACGAUGAAGAUGACGAGGUUGACGAAGAAGCGGAAGAAUGGAGUUAUGGGGGUGAAGAGGAUGUGUGGGGUUUUGGGGGUGAUGAUUAG